AUUUCAUAUUCCAAAAAUCCGACCCCUCAACUCUAAACCUUAAGUCUAGAUUAGUUAAUCCUAGGGGUAAAAGUGUUUAGUGUAAACAUAAUAUGUCACUAUGAAUGUGGUAUUUGUGGCAAUUCCCAUUAGUUAACACUAGGAGUAUAAGUGUAUUUUAUCCUUCAUUAAAAGUACGGUAAAAGUGAUUAGUGUAGACAUGAAAAGUGGUACUAUGAAUGUGGUAUUUGUGGCAAUUUCCGUUAAUUUAAUUUAUAUUUUAACAUUAUUAUUUUUAUAUUUUAGCUCUACCAGUUUGAAAAAGCAUAAUAUAAUAUUGUUUCUUAUUAUUUAGUUUAGUUUUUUUUAAAGAAUUUAUUUAUAUUUCAGUAGACAUAUUUUAAGAAAAAUAAUCUUUAUUUAUAUUAUAUUAAUGAUUGUUUUAAGAUAGCUAAGAUCAUCAUUAACAUGGACUAUCUUUUAAGAAUUUCUAACAAAUUUAAUAUUAAUAUCUUUUAAAUAAUUUAAUUAAUAGUUAAAUUUUAAAUCAUAAAACUGAGAUAUUUAAGCCAAUCAGAAAUCAACAUGUGUACAGAGUGUUUUAUCUUUUUCUUUUUGAGGAUGUUAAUGAAGAACCAUUAGUUUCUAUAACAUCACCUUUUAUCCUUUUCUUCAUUAUUCUAAUAUACAUAAGCAACCCCCGUUGGGUUGCCCUGAGACUAUCUCCAACAAGACACUAAAACACCAAAUUUAGUAUUAUUUUAUCUCCAACAAGACACUAAAACACCAAAUUUAGUGUUAUUUAAUCUCCAACAAGACAUUAAAAUUGACACCAUUCCAUCAAAUUUAGUGUAAUAUGAAUAGUAGUUCACCAAAUUUUGGUGUAACACUAUUUGUCACACCAAAUCUUUAAAAUACAUAUUAUAUUAAGUUUCAUUAUAAAAGGUUCAAUUACUAUUAAAUUUGUAAUUAAACAUGAAAAUUGUAUUAUUUAUAUUUUAGUUUAUGUUCACAUAAUUAACAAAUUAAAUUUUUAUUUUUAUUUUCACAAUAAAUCACUUGAUGACUAUUAUUAUCUAUCACUUACAAAUAAUAAAAAUCUAAACAUGAUAAAAUAAUUAUUUAUCAGUUAAAAAUAAUAAAAAUAUAUAAAAAUAAAAUUGAAAACAUCAAAUAAUAUAUAAUAAUACUUUUGAUGUAAAAUUGGUGUAACUGUUGGAGAUGACAAAAAUACAAUGACACCAAAUUUGAUAUCAUUUCAACACCAAAUUUGGUGUCAUUGCUAGAGUUGCCAUAAGACAAAACAUUACGUAACCAUUGUAUACUCGGAUCACAAUCAUUGGAACACGAAACGAGAAACAAAGAUUAAAAAAUGGUACAUGUUAAUAAACACAAUACAUGAUAUAUACACUAGGGAUGGAAUCAUUAUCCGAGAUUCAGAUUCGAUGGAAAAUCCAAUCCGAAUCCACUUUGAAAAUCUGGAUAUCCGGAUUGCCGGAUCCUGAUCCAUAUAGUAAAAUGUUGGAUCCUAAUAUCGAGAUUUGUAAUUUUUAUUGAUAAUUAUUUUAAAAUAGUAAUAUUUAUAUUUAUUUUUAUAUUAUAGUAUAAAUAGAAAUAAUUAAAAACAAUAUAAAUAUACAUAUAUAUAUUGUUUUUAAAUUAUUUUUAAUAUUUAAAUAUAUUUUAAAUAUAUAUAUUUAUUUAUUUUAAGAAUUCAUAUCUUGAUCUGGAUAUCCGCUAGAUAUUAUAAUUUUGAAAUGAUAUAUGACGCCUGGAUAUUCAAGAACCCCAUAUCCUGAUAAAAAUAAUGAAAACAUAGAUCUGCCAGAUAAAGAUCCGGAUACAAAUACAUAUUCCAAAUAUUUAUUGUGAUGUUUGGCUUUACAUUUAUAUAUUAAGAGAUUAUUAUUAUUAUUGUCAACAUUUUAAGAGAUUAAAUGAUCAUCUGUUUUAUGUUUUAGAAAUUAUAUUUUCAUAACCAAACUAACAAAAAAACUAAAAACGACUCGAUUGAACUAAAAAACACAAGCAAAACCGAAUUAAAUCGAAACAAACACAAACCAAACCUAAGUCAAUCCGAACCAAACCAAACACAAACCAAACUAAACUAAUUUUAGUUUUUAUCGGUUACAGUUUUCUUAGACUCGAACAAACAAAAAGGAACUAAAUCCAAACACAGUCAGAAUUUAAACCAAAAUUCCAACCCCUAAUAUUCAGGAAGGUCUCAUAAACUUUUUUCUAAAGAAAAUUCAUUUCCUAGUUUUUAUUUAAAAUAAAAUAUUUUGAAAAUUUUGAAAAAGCGAUUUUUUCGAAUUUUAAUAUUUAUUUACUUAUAUAUAUUUUAAUAAUUAACCAAUUAAAUUUAUAAAUAAAAAUAGAAUCUUCAUUUAACCGUUUAGUAAACCCUACUAUUUUAGUCACUUUGACUUUUAGUUGAUUUUUUUAGAACAAAAAUUAAAAAUGAGUUAUUUAGGAGAUUUCCCGUCUUUAAAUAAUAGUUUAGUACUCAUCCCUUUCACCUAUUAUGAAUGAUACAUGUAUAUUCGGUAUGCCAAGAAAGUUAAAAAAAAAAAUUGUUUAAUAUAUUCAGCAAACAUGUAUCAUCAUCACAUAAGACAGACCAACAACACCCUUUUAUCCUUGAAGAAAUCUUUUACACCAAAUCUCUGUCUUUGAAAUAUUUGUUUGGAGAGAACAAAAGAUGGAGGAGAGCAGAAGAGCAGAACAAGUUGAUUUAUUGCAGAGGUUGAAAAAAUUGACAGUUUCUUUGGUUUGUUGUCUUCCAUUGUCUCUUCUAGGGCUUCUUCUCAUGCUUCUCUUAAUCUACAACAGCUUCUCUGCCUUCUCCCUUCAUCUUGAUCCAAUCCCACCCAAAUCCACUCUUUCACUCGAUUAUAACCACCACCAGGUUCUUCAUCAUCAUCCAUCAUUAUCAUCAUCAUCAAGGUCAACUUUAACAUCAUCAUCUAAGUCAGAUUCUUCAAUGUUGCUUGCGGUGAAAGAAACCUCUUUAGGGUUCGUACAAAAGCAGAAAGUUUCGCCAAUAAAGACAGAGAGAAGGACAAGGAGACGGAAGAGAAGAAACGGGUUAACACCCGCGAUGACACAGAAGCCACAAGGCAAAUCAAGGCAAAAAUUCAAGACGAGGAUCAAGUCAUUCUUGUCUGAAUCCUCAUGCGAGUCCCUGUUCUUCAUGAUCUGGAUCUCCUCCUUAGAAUCUUUUGGUGAAAGAGAACGGUUCACAAUAGAGAGUCUCUUCAAGUCUCACCCAAAUAGCUGUCUGAUCCUGGUCUCAAACUCACUCGACUGUGAGCGAGGAACACUCAUCUUGAAACCCUUUACAGAUAAAGGGCUUAAAGUGCUUGCGAUCAAACCAGACUUCACUUACAUUUUCAAAGACACGUCAGCGGAGAAAUGGUUUGAAAGAUUAAAGAAAGGAAUGUUCAGUCCAGGAGUAAUUCCAUUAGAGCAGAACCUCUCUAACAUUCUAAGACUAGCCUUGCUUUACAAGUUCGGAGGGAUCUACUUAGACACAGAUGUUAUAAUCCUCAAACCUCUCACUAAUCUCCACAAUGUAAUCGGAGCACAAACAGUUGAUCCCGUUACAAGGAAAUGGAGCAGGCUCAACAACGCGGUGCUCAUCUUCGACAAGAACCAUCCUUUGCUUAAAAGCUUCAUCGACGAGUUCUCAAGAACCUUCAACGGUAACAAAUGGGGUCACAACGGUCCAUACUUAGUGUCAAGAGUGGUUGCAAAAUUCAACGUUUCUAACUCUUCCUGGGAUAUGGGAUUCUCUGUUCUUCCACCAUCUUCGUUUUAUCCGGUGGAUUGGACUAGGAUCAGUGGAUUUUACAGAGCGUCCGUGAAUGGGAGGGAGGCAAAUUGGUCACAUAAGAGACUUAUGCAUUUACGUAAACAUAGCUUAUCUGUUCAUCUUUGGAACAGAGAGAGUAAGAAGCUUAGGAUUGAAAAAGGUAGCAUCAUUCAAAAACUCAUGUCUGAUUCUUGUAUCUUCUGUAACUCUUCAUUUUUACAUUAGUUUUUUUUUGUCACAACAUUUUUACAUUAGUAAAACAAGAACAUGCAAAGUAAAUUUCCCACAAGAGAGAGAGAUAUAGACAAAAGACAAUUAUAUCUGCAUGAUGUUAACAUACAAAUUUCCUGUUCUAUCUGCCACUUUUGAGGAGCCCUACAAAACAAGCAAUGUGUUAUGUGUAUUUUCUAGAUCCGAAGUCUGUUUCUUCUAGUUAUUUAUGGCGAAUUUUAGGGGUAAAUCCGUCUUUUAAGUUUUGCUUAUCACAAACGCAGCACAUAAGGUUAGAUAUCCAAAUGCA